AUGGAAGUAAAUUUAUAAGAAGAAGAGGUUUAAAUAGAAUGUCGCAAAUAAUAACAAUAUAAAAAUCCAUGGGAUAAAAUUGUUGCAAAUAUUAACCUAAAACCUGGCGAAUAAAAAAGUGAAAAGGAUAUAUCAAGAAUGAAAGAAUGCAUUUUAAAUAAAAAGCAUGAUGCUUCAUUAGGAAAAAAUAAUUGA